AUGGCAGUCGACUUGAUGAAAGACUCCUUUGCCAAGCGUGCGAUGCAGUUGCGGGAGUAUAUAUUCAGCCAGCCGACCAGCACAUUCGCGAAUAACCCUUGGGCAGUGGCCCACGCGAUUGACGAAUUCACCAGCACAAGCGGCCCCAUGAUGACUUUCAAGGGAAAGAAACUCGAAGUUGCGAAAGCCCAGCUCAUGGCACAGCAGCCGCCCCCGCGAACGCUCCUGGAGUUCGGCACAUUCGUGGGCAAAUCCGCCCUGGCGUGGGGUGCCAUUCUCCGAGACAUUUAUGGCGAAAACGUCCCGGACGACGUGAAUGUAUAUACUUUUGAGCUUGAUUCUCAGAUGGUCAUAUUGGCCCGAGAUUUGAUAAAACUCGCUGGUGUUGAUGAUGUCGUGCAUGUCAUCGAAGGACCAGCCUCUGAGUCUCUGAGGAAGCUCUACGCGGAUGGCCAGGUGACCAGUGUGGACAUGGCCUUCUUCGACCACUGGGAGAAAUUCUAUCUUCCAGACUUACAAUUGAUUGAGGAAUUGAAGCUAUUUCGGAUUGGGUCAUUGGCGAUUGCUGAUAACACAGAUUUCCCAGGAGCCCCUGAUUAUCUCAAGUAUGUCAAGGCAGGAGGGAAGGGGGCUGCCACGUCCGUCCAGUAUCAGAGCAGGUCAUUCGAGACUGAGACUCAGUCAGGAAAGCCGAGCGUCGUGGAAGUUAGUACUGUGGUUGCAAUCGAGUAG